AUGCCGUCGGUUGCUAUCGUCGUCCUCGUCGAACAAGAAAAGGGUCGCUGUUUGGAGAGACAGGCUGCUCGCCACUGCCUCCGCCGUAGUACAGAAAUAAUGCUGAAGACCACCAAAAUCGUAGUGGUCCCCGUCGCGUCAUCGUUGGUGUUGAUGAUGGUCUUCCGUCUGAUAGCCUGCCAGUACGCUUCGCAUUCGGUAUUCGCUGCACAUUACGGUUACCAUCCAAUUGCUGACAAUCGCCUCACCAUCUCUAGUGCCUUUUCUACAGCCAAUCGGUCACCAGUUGGAUACUACAUUUUCUUCCCGACGACAACCGUUGACACCAGAUCGUACGAUUUCACUCCUAACUCCAAAUGCCUCCCCUGUCACUUGGACAUCUAUCAGUCUAGCCAGUUGAUCUUGGAAACUAAUAUCGUUCAGCAAGCAGUUUUCGGUCCACGUUGUUGCACUGUUGCCGGGGAACUCCGUCCAGCAGGACCACCAGGAUGCCACGUGCUCGCAGCUCUCGACAGCCAUCUGAAGGUGUCCUCCGAGAAACGCCUACGGCAAACGGUCGGUCGGUCGGCCGGCCGGCCGGCAGCUGCUGCCUCAGCCGAGGACGAGGAACUUCCUCGCAGACGACAGACGCAUAAUCAAGUUAGCCCCAACGAAAGAAAGGCCAAAUUGAAACCAGACCAGACGAUCGAUGUGUCGCGGAAAAAACAUUCCGUCGCUGACAACACAUCGAUUCUUUCGUCGACGGCGCCUUGCUGCCACCCGCUCUUGCUUAACGCACAACUUGUCGACUUCGACUUUUCGAUCUGUAGAUUUCUGAUCCGUAGUCUGUAG